AUGGCCACUACUUACGAAUCCCAAAAAGAAGAUAUAUCGGUGUUAGGGGAGGAAUUUUCUAGAAGGAUGGAAGAAUUGACAAGCAAGUUCCAGAGGUCUCUUAACCUGAAAGCAAACCUUAGCUCAACUCGAGUCAAGGCCCCAAAGCCAAAGACCUACUCAGGUGAACGAGAUGCCAUGUUAAUCGAGAACUUCAUUUGGGAUCUCCAAAGAUACAUCAACUCCAACACUACCUCCGAAGAAGAGAAAGUAUUUGUGAGAAGCCUAUUCCUCGCUGGGCACGCAAAGACUUAG